GCUGCCCUCUCCUUGGCUACCAGGAAGUGAUUGACACACACCCACAGGAUCGAGGAAACUGAAACACAGACACGCUUCUAAAAGGUCCAGGUCAAAGCAACCUGUGAUGUUGAAAUGAAGAUUGACGAAAAGAUUUUCACCCAUUUUGAAUCUUGCACCUCACAAGUGGACAAAGAAGGCUACCUCUACAAGAAGGGCGAGAUAAAGACUUCCUAUCAGAAGCGCUGGUGCGUGCUGAAGGGGAACCUCCUCUUCUACAAGGACCGGCCGGCUGACCGGGACGUGACGGGAGUGAUUGUUCUGGAGGGCUGCACCGUCCAGCUGUGCGAGUCCGAGGAGCAGUUCGCCUUCUCGCUGGUGUGGAGCGAUCCGGGACUGCGAACGUACAAGUUUGCUGCAGAGGACCAGGCCGAUCAGGAGAGCUGGAUCAAAGCCCUGCUGUCAGCCAGCCACAGCUACCUGGCCCUGCUGGUGAUGGACAUGGAGAAGAAGUACAGAGAUGCAUUAGGCAAAUUCUCCGGUGAACCAGCCAACCCUUUCGUCAUACCAAAUUCCAACACUGCAGGAGCGGGAUAUAAUCCUGCACCCUAUCAGAGGACACAAUCGUCACCGCUACCUUUGUAUCCAGCAGCAGGUGUGGGAGCAGGACCGAGUCUGAGCUCCAAUCAGAUGCUUCAAGCUCUGACCGUUUCAUCCAAAUCGGCCAGUAAAAGAUCACCCAAACUCUGGUCCAAGAGGAACGCAAACGUGGUGCCUGUUAACACUCCUGCUCUGCCUUUGGGGGAGUGGUCAGGGGUCUGUUUAGGCUCCAAGGAUGAAUUCACAAAAUUGCAUGAAGAUUUUGGAAAAGAGGUGAAAGAACUGAUUGCUGAUUGGCUAAAGAGGGGACAAGGUGCUGAAGUUAUUCAGGGCGAAAACUUAAUAGAUUUUGGAUAAUAAAUGUGAAGUAUACACUGAUUAAAUUUCAAAGCUAUUAUGUAAAUAGGAACAACUGUUGUUGAAAUAUAUUUGUACAUAUUUGAUGUUUAAGAGCAUACUGUUUCUUUUUUACUUAUUAGAAAUCAAUAAAUGAUCUCAUGCUCUAUU